ACGAGCUGUAGAUGUUUUUCGGUCUUUGAAUGAAAAAGUUUAGGAUCAUACAUGCUAAUGUUUUACAAAACAUUUUAUUUAAUUCAAGUAUAAUGUAAUGUUUACUCGGUGUAUUAAGUAGCUAGAUUCCGUUUGUUUUGAUAUAACUGUAUGACUUGGAAAUGGCUCAUUCAUCACAUCGGCCUGAUCUGUUUCUCUGGAAAAGAGUCUCAAAACCUGGAACUCAAGCAAACAGCAAGGCACUUCUGGCUGAAGGGGAUAUAAAAACAUGGAUAAAGAAUGAAAGAUCAGCUCAUUUCCUCUCUUUGCAGAAGGUCGAGAUGGCCUCGGAGUUUGCUGUAUCCGAAGUGUUUUCAUCGCGGAAAAAGCACAACGGUAAAACAAGCCGCACUGUCGCGCUUCAAAGCACCGAUCAGCUCCAGGACCAUGACGACGCAUUCAGCGAAGCCCAAACUAUUCUCAACGACUGGAUGAACAAGAAACUGCGCUUAGAGCUUGAAGUGGAUGAGGACGAGGAAGAGAAAGAGGACGAGGAAGAGCGGAUCGAAGAGCGACCUGCAAACCUGAACUAUAAAAAUUUUAACGGUAUCUAUUCCCAACUCGCGUGUGAAGAUGAGAGCUUUGAGGCGCGUCACUUCCUCCAGGAGUUGAUGGAGAAAGACGUGAUGCACAGCGAGGCAGUACGGGGGCUCUGGCUGGACGCGGACGAUGAGAAGAGGAGAGGCCGUGACCCAAACGUCACCAUGGAGGUACGACACCAGCAGGUCAAGGAGCGGCGUGCGCAGAGGGAAGCGGAGCGGGAGAGGCGGCUCAGGGAGCAGGAGGCGCGGAAGGAGGCGCUGGCGGAGGUCAAGCGGCUGGAGUGCGAGGAACAGAGGAAGAGGGAGAAGGAGGCUCAGAGACAGGACGGGCUUUUGCAGCAGGAAGUGGUGCGUCUGCGCAAGCUGAUGCGGGAGAAGAGGAGCACAGAGCAGCAGGGACGCAAAAGGGACCAAGAGAGGCUGAAGAACCAGAACAGCAUCAAGAGCACGGUUACAGGCAUGGCAAAACCUGGCUUUGUCACACAGAGGCAGCUGAGACACAGAGAGCAAGAAGUGGAGGCCAAGAUCUGCACUCUCAACCUGCAGUGUAUGCUUAAGCACUUCUCCGCCUGGUACUCCUUGGUGUUAGAGAGGAGGAUGCGUCUGGGUAAAGCCGCCGCACUCUGUGAUUGGAGGAGGCAGCUGAGGGCGUGGCGGGCGUGGAGGGAGCUGGUGUGGGAAAGGAGGAAAGAAAAAGAAGCUGAAAAGAUCGAGGAGGAACUGAGGCUGGAAAACAGACGCUGUCAGCUGGCAGAGGAGAGCGAUCGAAGACGGCUCCUGCGGCGCUGCCUGGGUGAUUGGCGUUUGUGGUGCCGAAUGGAGAGAGAGCGGCGGGAUCUGCUCAGGCAGCAGGAGGAAACCAGGCGGAAGAUGAUUGCCCUGAUCGAUGCAGCUGCCUCGGGGAAGCUAACAACAAAGAACUGCACCGAACCACUGAUCACAGUCCAGCCAGAGAGUAGGAACCAAUCAGAGAAUGCCACUCAGCUGGCCCAGGUACCAGUACAAAGAGCCACCUCAGCUCCCUCGACACCCACCCAGGCCUGGCAGGUGACUCAUCGUCACGCCGCAGUCUCUUCAGCCGAGGCUCGGGAGGGGCAGAAACUGAGCGGCGCCCCCCGCUGUCAGAGCGCGGAGAUGCGCGGAGGACGGUACGACCAUCGUCACCUGGCUCAGCAGAGGACCAUCGCCGAGCAGAAACGCCGUCUUAAAGAACAGCAGGACAUUAUCUCCGAGCUGCAGGAGAGACAGAAGAUCCUGGAACUCAGACAGGAAGCAGAAAAAGCUGAACAGCUAGCAGUCCAGCUCAAACCGUUUCCAUCGCAGAGUGUCUUCAAGACAAGUAACGGAUCGAAAGGUGAACGCGGCGCCAGUCGUCCAGCCCCCAAAGAGCAUGACGGUCAUCUGGCUAGCCCUCAUUCUUCACUGCGAGCCAUGGAUGAGCGAGCUCGGCAGCGCGCGGAGCGCAGGAGGGAGUUGGAGGAGAUAAAGAGGAAGCGGGAGGAGGAGAAGAGGGCUCAGAUGAAGGCUGAGGAGGAGGAGAGGCAGAGGCAGGAGCGCAUAGAGGCGGAAAGAAAGAGAGAGGAGUGGAGAAAGAAGAAGGAGAGGGAAAUAGAGAAGCAAAGGAGAGCAGAGCUGGAGCAGACGUUGUUAAAGCAGGCCGGAGAGCACUACCUCCGAUCCCUGCUGCUGUACAAAGGAAUAACACCAUGGAAGCGUCUGGUGAAGCAGAGCCACGCCAAUGAUCAGAAAGCCGAGGUGCAUCACACGCAGGCUCUACAAAGACGCUGCUUUCUGCAUUGGCGCCACACAACAGACGAGGCCCUGGCAGAGAAAAAGAGCCACGCAGACCAACUGUACGAGCGCAUCCUGCUUCAGCGAGCUCUGUCCCGCUGGAAAAUGUUUAAGCUCCUGCAGUCUCACCUGGAGGUACAAGCUGAGCACUUUCACGCCAUUCAGAUUCAGAGGAAGGUCCUGAAGGUGCUGCUGGAUUACGCAAUGCAGCAGAGACUAGAAGGCUGGGACAAAGAGCAGAGGGCUGACGAGUACAGUGCCAGGCGAGUGGUGAGCAGGUGUUUUGCUGCUUGGCGGCGUCUGCCGGCGGCGCUCCGGGAACAGAGAGAGAGAGAGGAUAGGAGAGAGCAGCUCCGACGCAGGGUGUCCGAGAUCCUCCCGGAUUUCCGGCCGCCCCCAGUGGACGACGUUUGGAGCUCGGCGUCACACGGCUAACAGCACCACUGUGACCAUUCAUUCAUUUAUUCAUUUUCUAGG